UUUAAUAUAGUUAAUUAAUCAAUACAUUUGCAGCAUUUUUUUUUAUUACAAAUAAAACACAUUGCAUGAACAAGUGAUAUCAUUGAAAACGUGCUAAAAGAGUACUCUGCUCUGCAACAUUUUAAAUCAAAACUUGACGCCUGUGUGAUUGCUUUACUAUUUUCGCGCGAAAAUUUAAUUGACCUAGUACUGAAAAUGUUAGGAAAAAGGAUGCACCAUAACAGCAAGGGACGCUUAGCAAGCAAAGGUCAUGAUAGUAAGCCUUCCAGUCCCGGUGUUUCUCCAUAUAAUAAACCUGCCAAAAUACCCGGAGCAGUGUCGAUUGGUAAAACCAAAGUAGAAACCUGCCCUAUUCCCUACAUCAGACUCCAAGAUAAUGCAACGACUUUACCCCGAUUAUCUGCAAUUUCUGCUAGACCUGCUGAUGAACCGAUUGGUAUAGAUGAACUUGAUGCUUUGCAGUUAGAGCUAGAAUCAUUACUGUGUAGCACAGCAUUACGUAUAAGAUAUUUCCAAGGAGAAAUUGAAAGUAUUGAUACAAAUGAAUCUAAACGGGAGAAGAAAGGUAAAGCUGCAGGUAAACAGCUCCAAUAUCCUGUGAAAAGAAAAUUUCAAGAUGAUAAACUAGUUAAAACCAAAGACUAUACAAAACUUUCAAAUCAACCUAAAGUACCUAAAUUUAAAAAUUUCUCUAAUGCUUCCUCUGGAGGAUCCCACAACAACUAUUCAAAUGAUGCUAAUGCCAACUCUGAUAAUUCAAUGAAGCUUGAACUUUCACAGUUCUCAUUACCAAAGAAUAAUAUUCCAUACAAAUUUUGGAAUUCUGUUGAACCGUAUUGUGCACCAGUCACUUUGGAUGACAUAAAAUUUUUGGAAUCGCUACUUGCUCAGAGUAGUAACACUACAUUACCACCCAUUCCACCUUUAGGAAGACACUACUCAGAAGUUUGGGCCGAUGAACAUAUAACAGAAGAUCAAAAUGCUGGAAACCCAAAUAAAAUAAGGCCCACUGGAAUGUCACCAGAAGCAACAAGUCUAAGAAAGAAAAUUGAAAAAUCUGGAGAGAAUAUGAUUACUGGUCCAUUAACACAGAGAUUGGUAUCUGCUUUAAUGGAAGAAAAUGCAUAUGAGGUGCCUGAUAUAAAAGUAAAGCAACAAUCAAAUAUUAAAAGUAGUUACAAAAAUUCACUUACUUUAGAAAAAUGCCUUCGCAAAGAGCUAGUAGACCAAGGCAUACUGGAUCCAGAAGAUUUGCCUCCUUUAACCAAUCCAGCAGAUGAUGAAAUUUUAGCAGAGAUCAAGAAGUGUCAAACAGAACUGACAGCUAUAAGAAAAGAUAACUGUAAGAAUUUAAAAAACCUGAUUGGCCUUUGCAAGCAAGAAAUGAUCAGAUUGAACCUAAAGAAACAGCUUGAUCAAGUUGAUUUAGAAUGCAUAGAAACAUACAAGAAAAUGGUUGCCGCUAAACAAAAGAAGCGCCCCAUAACUAAAAAGGAAAAAGAAGAUGCCUGGAAAGCUAUUAAUGAACAAAUAAGACUUAACAAAGAAAUCAAUGCAUUACCACUUACUGGACCUAAUACAAGUUGAAGGAAAAAUACAUAUUUUAGUUUUAAUUUAGUUGUACUAAGAUUUAAUUAAAUAUCUUGAUGUGUAGAAAUAAACCGUGGUAAUUUAUUGUUUAAC